CACAUUUCAAGGGAAAGAACUCCAAUACACCAUCGGAAAUGACAGGCUGACAGACAUCUCUAUUCUUUCACUAGAAUCACCCAAUAUGUAUCGAAGACAUCGACAAAGGAAUAUUCUAAAUGUCUUGAAUGAUAGGAGUGUUUCUGAAGACGUGAAUAGUAGAAAAAUAAUAUGGGACAGACUAUCAGGCACCAAAACCCUCUUCUUCAAAGAUUUGAAGGAACAUUUUGGAUGCGUAAAUGCAAUUGAAUUUUCUCACCAAGGUGGAGAACUGAUCGCAUCAGGUGGAGAUGACCGCAGAGUUUUGAUAUGGAAUGUAGAGAAAGCAUUGUCAGAUAUAUCCAAACCCUGGUCACUAAAGGGAGAACAUACCAGCAACAUCUUCUGUCUGGCCUUUGAUACAGAAAAUACAAAAGUAUUCUCUGGAGGAAAUGAUGAGCAAGUGAUUGUCCAUGAUUUACAAACAGGAGAGACUCUGGAUGUGUUUUUACAUGAGGAUGCUGUGUAUGGUAUAUCUGUAAACCCAGAGAAUGGGAACGUGUUUGCCACAGCAUGUGAUGAUGGCAAGAUUCUGGUUUAUGACAUCAGAGAGCCUCCAGCAACAGAUGCCAUUUGUCUGGCAAGUUACACUUCUUCCAUGCAUGCUGUGAUGUUCAAUCCAGUGGAGCCCCGUCUCCUAGCAACAGCCAAUGCCAAAGAAGGACUGGGAUUAUGGGACGUCAGGAAACCUAAGAGUUGUUUAUUGAAAUACGGAAGUGGUGUUGCUCAGCAGAGUGCUAACAGUGUAAGGAUAAAUAACACGGGUGACCGGAUCCUUGCACUGCGCCGUCGACUUCCACCAAUUCUAUACAACAUCCACAGCAGCAAACCAAUAUGUGAGUUUGACCAUGCUGGGUAUUUCAAUUCCUGCACAAUGAAAAGCUGCUGUUUUGCUGGUGACAAAGAUCAGUAUAUACUGUCUGGAUCAGAUGACUUUCAGUUAUACAUGUGGAAAAUUCCAGAGGAUUUGUCAUCAAGACGCUAUGUGAAUGAUGCUUACAUGAUCCUUCAUGGUCACAGGUCUAUUGUGAAUCAGGUUCGCUUCAACCCUGACAAUCACAUUAUUAUUUCUUCUGGAGUUGAAAAAAUGAUCAAGGUGUGGAGCACUUAUCCCCUUCCGAACACUUUGGAAAUGACUAAUAAAAGCAUUAAAGAACGUCCAGUGUACAGUCAUGAAGAGUAUAUAAAUCUCAUUCUGAAUAGUGGACAAUUCAUGUCACAUGACUAUUCUAACCAAUCAGUGGAAGAGGAUCCACGUAUGAUUGCAUUCUUUGAUUCCUUGGUUCAGCGAGAGCUGGAGGGUAACAGCUCUGAUCCAGAAAUGUCAAGUGGAGAAGAAGAAAUAUAUGAGAGAAUAAUGCAGUUGUCUAGAUCAGAUAUUUCAGACACCUCUGAGGAUGAGGUAAAUGUAGUCAGGCAUGAUGGAUCUUCGCCAGAGAGACGUGACCUAGAUAGUGACACAGACAGUAUCGAUGAUCCCGCUUUUAGCCCUUUCACUCUGGCAUUUGCAAGUGUCAUGGCUGCCCAAGCCACAGAUAGAAACCCUGCCAACAGACUCUUGAAUGCUCUGUCUGGUGAAAAUGGUAAUAAUAAUGAAAACCAGAAUUCAAGGCGAAGCAUUUCCGAACUCAUUGCUCAAAAGAGAACUGAAAUGAAAAAAAGAAUACAGAAUGGUAAAUUGCCCAAACGAAAGAAAACACAGAUUGACUCUUCAGACUCAAGUGAUAAUGAACAGCAUCUAAGUGAAAGCUUGUCUGGUCACCCAGACAAUAUCAUUGCUGCUCAAAGACAGAGGAGACACUUACAAUUACAAAGAUUACGACAGCUUCGACAAAGUGUCCUUCAAACAGAAGAGGAGAGUUGUGAAGAAAAUGAAUUAACAUCUGCUUCAGUGAAUUGUCAUUCAGAGCCUUCCACAUCUAAGGGAAAUCCAGAGUUUGGUCCAUUUUUAUCCCACAACAAUAAAAACAAUUCCGCUCACAGCUCCUGUGUGGAAAAUGGAACGGAAACAGAAAUACUUCUUAGUGAAAAAUUAAACUCUCACGUGUCAAAUCAAGAACCAAAAGACAAUGUCAGUGAUCAUUGUUUUGACAACCAGCAACCAGGUUGUAGUCAUGACAAUGAGGGAAAUGGCGAGGAGGAAGAAAGACGACAGAACUGGACAGAAUUCAAACGCUUCAAAAACAGAACGAAAAAGAAUAAACGUGUAUAUCGUAAACAUAAUGACAAAGAUGAUAAUUAAAGUCAUCAAACAAUUCAGCCAGCAAAGUCUGAGAACAAUUUAAUCAUGCUGGAUUCAUGUCAACUUUAUUUUACUAGUAGUUAGUAAAUACUUAGCAGUUCAAUCAUGUAUUAUGACACUGAAAUGAAUUUACAUGUAUGUAAUGAUUAUUUCAACUAAAUAGUGAAAUUCCUCAUAAAAUUUUAUCCAGAAAUUAUACAAAAUAAUGUUAAACUUCAUUAUUAAUUCCAUGAAUUAUAUCAAGUUCAGGUAUCAAAACUAACCCCACAAAUAUUUUUGCAUCUGUAAUCCGUAACUUUGGGGGAAGGUUAUGUUUAGGUUUGUUGUUUGGUUUCUAUUUCUGUUUGCAUAUUGUGAUGCUAUAUUUUGUCAUUGUUUUCAAACUUUGUUAGCAUCCUAUACAUAACAUUCUGUACAAAUUUGUUGAAUAAGACAGAUAUAUAUUAAUAAUAUGACAUGCUUCUAGAAUGACUUUUGAACCAUAAUUUAUCUGUACCACACUAAGUAGUUUGAUUUGAGCAUCUGGAAUAUAUACAUUUUUCCCCUGCAGAUUAUUUUAUUAUUUUUAAUGGCAUACAAACUGCAUUAUAACUUAUCAAAAUAAAACAAAUGAUUGUGUAUUUUUUGCAAAUUAUUUGAAGGUAUAACUUUACUGGAAAUAAUGCAAUAGUAUACAACAAUGUGUUAAGAUUUGGGAUUAUUUUAUCCCCCCCCCCCCCCAAAAAAAAGAAAUUUUAAGGGUAUAUAGGAAUAUCAGUAUGUUGUCUGUCUGUCCUUGCAAUUCUGUCCAGUCCAUAACUGUCUCAUGGAGAAACAUUGAAUGUACAUACCCCAUUCAAAGAUUGCUCUUGAUCUUAUGACGUAAAAGUGUGUCAUGACCCUGAUGCAAAGUCACUUGGUCAAGUUCAAGGUCUUUUUUUAAAUGUGUAUAUAACUCCUGUCCUGACCAUAUCUUGUUACAGAGAAACAUUGAAAGCUUAUACUUAGCACAAAGAUUGCUUAUGAGCUGGGGGUGUGUCAUGAUCUUGACCAAAGGUAAUUUGAUCAAGUUUAAGGUCACUGGCAGAAAAGGUGUAAAAUUCAUGUCUUGUCUUUAAUUUUCUAAUGGAGGAAGACUGGAAGUUCAAACUUCCUACACAGGUUACUUACUACCAGAGGGUUUAUUUUCUUAAACCAAGGUUAUUUUGGCAAGUUCAAGGUCACUUUUAGAGAAAUGUGUAAUAGCACUUUAAAAAUAUAUCAGCAGGUGAUAUAAUUUUGCUCACAGUUCCUAUAGUUUAUAUUUGGGUCACAAGUAAAAAUAGAUUUGAUGCAGCAUUGCCUUUGUCAUAGCAAGUGACAUUGUAAGCUACUUUUAGACUGUAAUUAAUUUUGAAGCUGUUGAAUUUCUAUACAUGUACAAAAAUGAGGGUAAUGAUAUAGAAGUUAGAUAUUUACACUGAGAAGCAUGUAGAACAGUGUAACACUGUACUCGUACACUUCUGCAGAGAUUCUUGAAUAUUCAUUUGAAUAACUACAACUCACAAUUAAUUUCUUAUAAUACUAGUAUAUCGUAAGUAGAGAAAGUUUUGUUUUGUAAUUUUGGUUCAAAAAUCUAUUUUGUGUACAUUUAUUUUAUGUCCCCAAUUUAAUGUAUCAAUGUAAAAAUAUUUCAAUUAUUCAAUCAAACUUUAAUUAACUUCUUAGAAUGUACCAGAAAGUGGGGUAAAAAAAAGAGUUGUGUUUCUUUGAAUUGUAAGCUCAUGGUAAUGUUGCUUGUCUUAAUUUUUUAAUUUAAUAAUGAGUGACUAAAAUGAAGUAAUAUUUUUACAAUUGUCUAUUUGUAAGGUCGGGUAUGUGGUUUACCUCUCUGUACAUUUUCCAUUUUUUUCACAAUUCAUCUCUGUUUUAAAUUAAAUAAGAUCAAUAGUAAAAAGACUUUAAUCAAUUUACCAGUAAAAAGGUAUAUGUUAUGUUCCACAAUAUUUUACAUUUUACCAAGGUUGAAAUGUAUCAUUGUUUAUUUUUGUUUAUAAUAACUAAGAUCAUGCAAAUUCUAAUUAUUAGAAAUAUAAAUAUGUACAUGUAUAUAUUAACAAUAUUGAACUGCAAUAAAGCAGCCUAAUUUAUGGCGAGUGCAUUGUUUGGUUAUUGUAAUGCAAUCUCUGACUGUAAUAUUAAUUGUACGUUUUACAUUAUCACAUUAAAAUAACUGCUAUCUUUUAAAAAUCCACCUCUAACAUUUCUAGAGGUCCGUGUUUUUUCCCAGUUCAUGAUUUGCAUUGAUUACAGAAUUUAUGAGACCAAUCACUCUUUGUUAUAUCUUCAUCUGAUUGGUAGGCUAGCACCCUAUCACUUUCUACACAGAAAAAAUGAUGCAAUAUGUUUUUUUUUUUUAAAUUUUUCAAAAAUAUUUAUAGUAUUGGAUUUGUAAAGUUCAUGCAGAAUGCAAAACAUGACUUUAAUGUAAUGCAUGUAGAAUAACAAAUAUGACUUUAAUGUAAUACAUGUAGAAUUACAAA